AUGUCUAUCCCAGAAACUCAGUGGGCGCAGGUGGCUGAGAAGGUCGGAGGGCCACUUGUCCUCAAACAAAUCCCCGUUCCCAAGCCAGGUCCUGACCAGAUUCUGGUCAAAAUUCGCUACUCAGGCGUUUGCCACACCGACUUCCAUGCGAUUAUGGGUCACUGGCCCAUCCCAGUUAAGAUGCCUCUGGUUGGUGGACACGAAGGGGCUGGAGUGGUCGUGGCGAAGGGCGAGCUUGUGAGCACCUUUGAGAUCGGUGACCACGCUGGAAUUAAGUGGCUCAACGGUUCGUGCUCUGAGUGUGAAUUCUGCAGACAAUCGGAUACCCCUCUGUGCGCGAAUGCGCAACUUUCUGGGUACACUGUCGAUGGUACUUUCCAACAAUAUGCUCUCGGCAAGGCCACCCAUGCUUCUAAGAUUCCCAAGGGUGUACCCCUUGAUGCAGCGGCUCCAGUACUCUGCGCUGGUAUCACUGUUUAUAAGGGAUUGAAGGAAUCUGGCGUUCGCCCUGGCCAGACGGUCGCUAUUGUCGGAGCAGGCGGUGGCCUUGGGUCUCUUGCACAGCAGUACGCGAAGGCCAUGGGCCUUCGUGUAAUCGCUAUUGAUGGAGGCGACGAGAAGAGACAGAUGUGCGAGCAGCUCGGCACUGAGGUUUACGUUGACUUUGCCAAGUCCAAAGACCUUGUUGCGGACGUGAAAGCAGCAACCCCCGGUGGUCUUGGUGCUCAUGCCGUUAUCCUGUUGGCUGUCUCAGAGAAGCCUUUCCAACAAGCCUCGGAAUAUGUUCGCUCGCGAGGAACAAUUGUUGCGAUCGGAUUGCCCCCAGAUGCAUUCCUCAAGGCCCCUGUGUUCAACACUGUCAUUCGUAUGAUUAAUAUCAAGGGAAGCUAUGUUGGAAACCAACAGGAUGGUGUUGAAGCUCUAGACUUCUUCGCCCGAGGCUUGAUUAAAGCUCCAUACAAGUUGGCACCUCUGAAGGAUCUUCCCAAGAUCUUUGAGCUUAUGGAACAAGGCAAGAUUGCCGGCCGCUAUGUGAUUGAGCUGCCGGAGUGA